AAAGUUCCCAGCCAGCAGAACGGGGCAGCGGCGAAGACGCGGCCGGUGUCAGUCGCCAACCCCUACGGUUCCAUCUACCGCUCGGCGGACGGCUCCGCACAGGUGGUGGAAGAGGAGGGCACCGGGCGGUGCCCGUUGGCGUGCUGUCGGCGCGGCGGAUGCUGUUCCUGCUUCCGACACUGCCUCAUCUCCUGAGCGGCUGGGCGCUGCCUCCCGUCGGAACCCGAUCCCCGGCUUCGGCCGGAAGAGGUCCAGGCUACAGAUGUUCUGCAGGAAGGAUCUAGCUGAAGCUACCCAGCAUAAGGAUACACAUCACACCACAGACGGGGAUUUAUCAGGCUGUAUUCCAACUCACCAUAAGAAUACCGAAUGCAUUAUCUGCUACUCUAUCUAUAACCUAACUGAUAGGUUGCCUCGGAAGCUUUAUUGUGGGCAUACCUUCUGCCAGACCUGCCUGCAGAGACUAGACACCAUGUUAAAUGGGCAGAAAUGGAUCCCAUGCCCUCAGUGCCGUCAGAAUACCCCGUGCCCUCGUGGUGGUGUCAUCAUGCUUGAACUAGACUUGGGCAUCUUUUUGGCUCUUAAAGCAGAAACAGAUUCAGUAAAAACAGCAUUGAGACCGGAAAUGGAUUUACAACAUAAAUCCAAAGGGCAGCUUGGCUCACAGAUUAUCACUGAGCAGCCUGCAGCUCUAUGUCAAGACACCCCACAAGAACCUCAUUUUUCCAGAAGUCCUUGCUGUACUUGGUGUGCUGGGUGCUGCUGUGGCUAAUGUGUUUGUUCGUGAGAAUAAUUGACAACGUGAAUGGGGAAUCCAUCAUAACUUCAGAUGGUCACCACAAUGCAUCGCUGAAAGCUACACAUCACACUGUACCUUAUCUGGCAUCAAUACAAAUGGAUAUCCAGAAGCAUUAUAAAUGGACAGUGUGCCACAAAGGGGACUCCAUGUACUAGAUUGUGUGUUAUAAGGGAAGUUGGGUGAGCUUAACAGCGUGUUACACUGGCACCUGUCAUUAUUGCUAAGUAAUGGACAGUAUAACAAUAUUGAAUUGCACUGCUUUUUGAAAAUAUAGUAAAAAAAUAAACAUUUAACUAAUGUAAACUAAUGCAAAUUUCAUUAUACUUUUGAACAUGAUGAGUAUUUUUCUCAAUGUGUGAUUCUCUCUGGGAGUGUCAAUUGGAGGGAGAAUUUCUACUUUGGGAGUAUCAAUUGUACUUGGAUUCCUCCACCGGAAACAUGACUUGGAGUGUGGUUCUGUACAGAGUACACUUCACCUUUAGAAAUUUCAUGAGUAAGGCACAUGAAUAUGUGAAAGAGUAUGCCCCAGUAAUAACAAAGAUGAUCACGAUGUGAGUGUCACUGUCAGUAAGAAUGGUGCCAUAGCAGUCAAAUGAUUAGUGGUGUUCGAAUGGUGGAAUUUGAGACCCUAAUGAAGAUAUGAUUGGGAAGCCACUGCAAUAAAGAGGUGAUAGGUUCAAUAUAUUAGUAUCAAGAUAGGAACAGUGGCAGGGACUGUUAUAGUACUGAAAGAAAGCAGUGAUGGAUUGGUUGAGGGGAAGAAUCUGAUUUGGUAUGCCAACAUGCUAGAUGCCUGAUUCAAGCUUUAGACUCUGCAGGAUCAAAAGCCUUCAGGUAUUUGUGGGAGCUUCAAGGGUUUGGGAUCAAGUUCCCAAAAAUCUUGACUCAAGUAAAUCUUGAUGUUGGAUGGGUAGUUGAAAAUGAUGGUAACAGCCGUGGGGUUGGUGGUUAACUUCAAACACAGAUGAUGAGGUGGCUCUACAACUUUUAACCAUUAGAGUUGUACAGUUCAGAAAUUGGAUGGUGUGCACAUCCAGCAUACCAACAGGGGUCCAGAGAGAGGUCAGAAACCUGCAAAGUGGGAGUCAGCUAUACAAUCUGAGCCUGUGUGGAACGGGCUUGGUGUUGUGCGAUGGACAAUUUGUGCAAAAUUGCAGGUUAGAGUGGAUCUCAGAUGCAAAAUAGUUAAAUGAUCGCACAGAAUUUUCAGUCCUCCCAGCACCAGAAGAAGAUGCUCUGACAUCUCCAUAGUUUUAUAUUUCUCCGGAUAGGACUGUAUGUUUGCUUUAUCACAUUUAUAUUCACUACUUUUACUAAACCAAUUUUCUCCAUUGACAUAUUCUUCAUAAUUUAAAACUUUUUAAUCUUAAUUUUCUUUGACAAUCUGAUAAA